AUGGCGGAUUCAACUGCUCCAGCGAAACCUCCAGUCGCUCCGAAAAAGGACAAGACUCUGGGUCAGCCCUCGGCGUCGGAAGAAACGGCUUCUCUCUAUCCCAAAAUGGAUCUGUGUCAGAAAAUGCACCGCUUAACGGCGGCGAAGCACGCUGGAACGCUCGACAGCCUGCUGGAAUUGCAAACCGAAGUGUUUACCGCCAUUGCCGUGGAUUUGGUGAACCCGUCACUCUACCGGCGUUUACAACUCGAACUCUACGGCGCUCCGACUCCGUCGAACGCCGCUGCUGCUCUGAAGCUGACAACCGACGAUCUAGAUCAGCUGCAAGUCAAGCAGGAGAAAGAGUUGGCGACGCUCGAAGCUGCCGUCACAGACGCGCAGGAAAACGCCGGUGACAUGGAAGUGGUGGACGCCCGCGUCAAGGUGGCGCGAUUCGCCGCACAGUCGCUGGCGGAAAAUGUCGCCCUCGACGCCUACGAAAAACUCCUCGACGUACCCAAACUCUCUUCCGGAAAAAAGAUUGACGCACUCAUGGAACAAGCGCGCGUAGCGAGCUUUUACAAGGAUACGAGCCGGGCCGACGAUUGCAUAGCUCGAGCCGAUAAAAUCGCCAACGAAGGGAGCGGCGGCGAUUGGGAUCGACGCAAUCGUCUCAAAGUUUACAAGGCUCUUCAGCGGUUGUUGCACCGGGAUAUGCAAGCCGCCGCCGAAGCUCUUUUGAGCUGUAUUGCCACCUUUUCCUGCAACGAAAUCUGCUCCUACGGGGAUUUCAUUGUCUACACCAUGCUCACGAAUUUGUUGCAUUUGAAACGACCCGAACUCAAGGUCAAGAUCAUUGAUGGACCCGAAGUGCUGUCGGUCGCCAAUCAUAAUCCGGUUGUGAUCAAGCUCGUCAACGCCUACUACGACUGCGACUACAAGACUUAUUUGAAUGCCAUGGUGGAAGUCGAACAGGUCUUGCUCGACGACCGUUACCUACAACCCCACGCAGCGUACUGGAUGCGUGAACUCCACCUUCUCGCCUACCAGCAAUUCCUCGAAUCUUAUCAAUCGGUCCGAUUGGAUGCCAUGGCCAACGCCUUUGGCGUUUCGGUCGAUUUCAUCGACACGUACGCUUCUCGAUUUAUUGCCUCCAAUCGACUCUCCGCAAAAAUUGACAAGUUCGGCGGGGUCAUUGUCACCAAUCGACCCGAUCGGAAGAAUGCCCAAUACCGCGAUAUGAUACAAAAAGGUGAUCUCCUGUUGAAUCGCAUUCAAAAGCUGGCCCGCGUGGUAGAUUUGUAA